AUGGCGUCUAGGUUUUUGAUUUCGUGCGCCUCUUCUCUCUUCUUCUUACUCGCCGUCUCAAGUGCUCCGACGAAUGAGGGGAAACUUUUCGACGUCAGAAGCUACGGUGCUCACGCAGACGGCAGAACAAAUAACGAGUUUGCGUUUACAAAGGCGUGGAAGGAAGCUUGUCAAUGGAGUGGAGGAAGAUCAACGGUCUACAUUCCUCCCGGAAUAUUCUAUCUCCGUCAAGUAACGUUCACUGGCCCUUGCAAAAACCCUAUCACUUUCCUAAUCGAAGGAACUUUAAUGGCUCCUCGAAAUCCCAACGCCUUCAAAGAGGAUCAAUGGAUCCUUUUCAAGUACGUCGAUUACCUCACCGUCACGGGUGGAGGAUUACUUGACGGUCAAGGAUCUUACUCUUGGCCUCUCAACAACUGUAACAAAAACCCUAACUGUCGUACUAUGGCUAUAAACAUUGCGUUUGCGUUCGUUAAACACUCGAAGAUCAACGGUCUACGAUCGAUCAACAGCAAAAUGGGACACUUGAACUUCUUCGCAGUCGAGGAUUUCAACGUUACCGGCGUCACCGUCACCGCUCCCGGAGAUAGCCCAAACACCGACGGGAUCAAGAUCGGUAGAUCUAAGGAUAUGCAUAUUACCAACGUCACAAUCGGAACAGGUGACGAUUGCAUCGCAAUCCUUGACGGAACUUCCAAUUUGGUUAUCUCUGAUGUCAGUCCUGGAAACUAUGCUUCUCAUGUUCAGAUCAAAGACGUCAAGUACCACAAAAUUUGGGGAACUUCGACGAGCAGAGAGGCUUUGAAGAUGCAAUGUAGUAAAUCGUUUCCUUGUCAAGGCAUUGUGCUCUCAGAUAUCAACCUAAGCUACAGUGGAAGAGACGGUUUAGUCACGGCUUUGUGUGAGAACGUUGGUGGUUCGGUUUUUGGCAAGAAUGUGCCUGAUAAUUGCCGGAUUUGUGAUGAUCUUCUUAAUUAG